CGGCCGGCCGUCUGACAGUCUGCUUCCUGUGCAGCCGUCAGUCGCUCUGGUGCAGCAACAUGGCAGUGAGCAGGAGAGACAGCUUCCUGUGGGGGAAAGCUGAGAGGAAGACAGGUGACCGCACCAGCAUGGUGGAGCUGCCGGACCACAGACAGAGGUCGGAGUUCAAUCACUUCAAGCCUGAUGUGCCCCCCUCCGAGCACAGGAAAAGUUUCGUGAAGAAUAGAAAGUUCUUUCGUGGGAAAAAAAAGUUUAACAUGGACCCAAAAAUGGGCAUCAAGUACCUGGUGGAACACGACCUUCUGGAAUGGCGAGCCGACUCCGUGGCGGAGUUUCUCUACAAGCAGGAGGGGCUGAACAAGACGGCUAUCGGCAACUUUUUGGGAGAAAGGGAAAAAAUGCAUCUGGAGACCCUGAAAGCUUUUGUGGCUCUGCAUGAGUUCUACGACCUGAAUCUGGUGCAGGCGCUGAGGCAGUUUCUGUGGAGCUUUCGCCUCCCAGGAGAAGCUCAGAAGAUUGACAGGAUGAUGGAGGCGUUCGCAACUCGUUACUGCGACUGUAACCCGUCGGUCUUUCAGUCCACAGACACCUGCUACAUCCUGUCUUUUGCCAUCAUCAUGCUCAACACGAGCCUCCACAACCCCAACGUGAAAGACAAGCCCAGCCUGCAGCGCUUCGUCUCCAUGAACAGAGGCAUCAACAACGGCGAGGACCUGCCCACCGAGCUGCUCACGAAACUUUACAACAGCAUCCGCAACGAGCCGUUUAAAAUCCCAGAGGACGAUGGGAACGACCUCACGCUGACGUUUUUCAACCCGGACCGGGAGGGCUGGCUCAUGAAGAUGGGCGGACGCAUCAAAACGUGGAAGAGACGGUGGUUCAUUCUGACCGACAGCUGCCUGUACUACUUUGAAUUCACCACGGAUAAAGAUCCCAUCGGGAUUAUUCCUCUGGAAAACCUCUGCGUCAGGAAGGUCCAAGACUCCAGCAAACUGUUCAGUCUGGAGAUCUACAACCCCAGAGGACAGAAGAUCAAGGCCUGCAAGACGGAGAACAAGGGCAAAGUGGUUCAGGGGAAACACCAGUCCUAUAAGCUCAGAGCAGCCAGCGAAGAAGAGCGGGACGACUGGAUGGACGCCAUCAGAGCGAGCAUCACCAAGGACCCUUUCUAUGACCUGGUAUCUGUGCGAAAGAGGAAGAUCAUCAGCAACACGGCCCAGUAGGACCCCAUCGGCGCACGCAGCGCUCGGACAAAAAGACAGAAAAGCUGAUGAGAUAAGAGUUCAGAGAAGCACAAAAGGAGAAGUGACACUGGCAGUCUUAGAGGGGAAACCAGAAGUCAUGGAUGAAUGCAGCAGUUUUCACUUCUUCAAGCUUCACUGUGGGCAAACAUCUGCAGGACUUUCAUCAGAAACUUAUCAAACCCACGAGUAUUCGCUUUCCAGCCCCGUCGGCUAGAAGAGGGGAGCAAAACAAAAACCAGGAAUCCGGCCAUCAAGCAAAUGUUUAGCUUCUCUCCGGUUUAUGAAGGUUUAGUUUUGUAUAUUUCUCUUAAGCUCCGCCCACAGGCUGAGCUGUUCAAGCACUUUAACUUUAUUUACUGUUUGCUUUUGAAGUUCUUUAGGUUGUGAAGUGAAAAUAUUAAACUAUAAAUGCAGAAAAUCCAAAGAUGCCUAAAAAAAAAAAAAAAGGGUUUUCAGGCAUUGAAUCUACAUGUUUUGUUUGUUUACGGCACAGGAGGAAAUAAACAACAUAAAAAAUGAUGCUGACAUAUGAAAUCUUCAAAGAGACAAAAAAUUACCAUCAGAAAAAUGAGGAACGUUUUUUAUGAUCAAAUUUAAGAUCAAUAAAUUUAGGAGGCCACGCCAUUGCAUGCCCAACAGUCAGUAACCGCCCCUAUCCUCGCCACCGCCCUUGCUGGCUGAGAGGCUACACGCCCCUCACUCACCCUCUGCCCUUGCCAGCCUAGUCAGAGCUGCAUUUAGCCAAUUCACGACCUUUUAUCGCCAUAGCAACCAUUUUACGUUUUGGUGACCUGGGGGGGACGAACAGGUCUGCGUCAUUUUCAGAAGAAUCCGCAAAAGUACACUUUUGGAUUUCCUUAGCAACAAAGGUUUUUGUUAACGACGCCCACAUUCCUAAUAUGGUCAUAUAACAAGUCAUAUCGUGUUCAGCUCAAGUCAACGAUUGAAGGUGAUACAUUUUCAGAAUAUUCCGGUGAAAAAUGAGCGAGCAUUGAGGGAACGCCACUUUUGAGAACUCGCUGCAAUAAAAUCCUUCAAAAUCUACAAACUUGAAAAUAAACAUAUUUCUGUGAGUCGCCUCCCAACGAUGCUGCAGGAGUUUUUGGAAGCGACCCUUGGAAUUCCUAGGAGACGUUUAAAUUUGUAGAAAGUACUAAAGGCAAGAUUGCUCGAAAAAGUUAUUUCCUUCCCGUAUGGUGCGAUAAUCCAAACCCCGACAACAGAAACACAACUGUAAACCCACUUGUGUGUAAUCUAACAACUGAACUUAAAAGAUUUCGCACCAUUUCUCCCAGUAUUUUUUCUAAUUUGAUUAAAACAAACUAUUUCAACUUUUGUCUGAGUAAACUGGAUAGUAAAGUUUGAGGCAUGAAAUGUAAUUUAUGAAACUUUUUACUUGUAUAGUGUAUUUUAUUCGUAAAAGGUUGUUUAUAUUUUUAUAUUAGUCUUGUUUAAACGACUAAACAAUAAAGAAUUUUUCUACGA